AUGGCCGAGACAUCGACGAACUCGAAGCCAUCAACAACCAACGGCACCGAAGACACCACCACGACCACGAAUGGGCACGCGACCUCCGACGCCUUGACUAAUGGCACCUCCGACGAUGCAUCAAAGGAAACGGGCGAGACAGACGAUGCAACUCAAGCCGUAGACAACGUCCUCAAGCUCCGCGUCGACCUCCCCACCCACGAACAUGUCGACAUCAUCGUCUCCAGUCAAGAGCAGGUGCAGGAGAUCCGGCAGUCCAUUGUUGACCAACCGCAUACUUUUCAAUACUCCUGCUUCCACCUCGAGUAUCAGGGCAAGCGCAUCAAUGACUUUGUCGAGCUGGCCGAGGUGGAAGGGAUUGUCAAGGAUACCGAGCCCGUGCUGAAAUUAGUCGAGGACGCAUAUACCGAGGCUCAGGCGCGGAUGCACGUGGUGAGGGUGAGGGAACUGAUCGGUGCGGCGGGUAAUCGCGUCGAUUAUGUCUCUGGCAUUGAUGCGGGGACGAGUCUGUGCGAGGAUGUGGAGAUGGCUGCUGGUGAUAAUAAUAAUACAGGUGGGAAGGACGACAGUAGCCCCGUGGCUCACUACGAUCUCAAUGCGCCUGCACCCAUCUCCGCACUACUUCCUCGACAGCGAGAGGCGGCGCCGAAGACGGUCAAGAGCAUAUCCCUGUCCGCAUGGAAUCCUCCUCCUUACCACCAUCGCAUGCGAGGACAUCUGCUCUAUCUGGUAGUCACUACACUCGAAGGCGACCAGCACUACAUCACCUCCCACAUCACCGGUUUCUACGUCAACCGAUCAACAAACGCCAAGUUCGACCCGGAGCCUCGACAGAUGUCCAAGACGUCACGUGCACAUUCGCUCAUCACUCUCCUCUCCGAGAUCUCCGACAAAUUCGCCGGCCAAUUCGUGCGAUUACAAGAGUACAACGGCCAACGCGACCCCCUAGCCUCCUACGCCCUCUCAAAUAGCAUCCCCGCCGCCCCCUGGCUCGUCUCCCCAACCUCAAUGCAGCAUCACCAACCCGACGCCACGCGACCUCAAGAACCAUACCUCCUCGCCGGCGCCGACAACGCCGAGACCCUCCGAGACUGGAACGAGGAAUUCCAAUCCACCCGCGAACUCCCGAAAGAGACGGUGCAAGAUCGUGUCUUCAGGGAGAGAUUGACAAGCAAGCUCUUCGCCGAAUACAACGAGGCUGCCGUCCGAGGAGCUGUCCUAGUCGGCCGCGGCGAAGUGCAACCACUCAACCCGACCGAAGCAAGAGAUGCCCAGAUCUUCGUCUACAACAACGUCUUCUACUCCUUCGGCGCCGACGGCGUAGGUACAUUCGCCAGCGAUGGCGGAGACGAGGCCGCGCGUGUAGCGACGGGGAAAGAUGUCCAGGGCGUCAAAGCCGUGAACCAGCUCGAUAUCACUGGUCUCUUCACCCCGGGUACAGUCGUAGUAGACUAUCUCGGCAAGCGCAUCGUAGGCCAGUCCAUCGUCCCCGGCAUCUUCAAGCAACGAGACCCGGGUGAACACCAGAUCGACUAUGGAGGGGUAGAGGGCAAGGACGUGAUCGCCACACACGAGGGUUUCGCCAACCCGUUCGCCGAGCUGAGCAAAGCGAUGCGAGUCAAGAGACACGCGGUCUGGGACAAAGAGGUCAAGAGACAUGAGUUGGAAGCUAGUGUGGAGACAAAAGGGUUGUUGGGCACGGAUGGGCGGAAGUAUGUGCUCGAUUUGUAUCGGGUCACGCCGUUGGAUGUCAAGUGGUUGGAGGAGCAUCGGGGGACGGAGCAGAUUGAGGAGGGGAGGUAUCCGCAUCGGAUGGCCGUGCUGAGGGCGGAGUUGGUGGAUUCGUGGAGGAUUGCGAAGUUGAGGGAGUUUAUUUCGGGGGAGCUGGAGCGGAAGAGAGGGGAGAAGGAGAAGGCGAAUGAUGAGACUGAGAAGCUAACGAAUGGCAAGGGUGAGAAGCAUGAGGAGACGGAUAGUGAGCAGGCGGAGAAGAAGCAGAGCAAUGGCGAGGUUGAGGAGAAGAAGGAGAGCAAUGGUGAGAACGAGGAGAAGAAGGAGGCUGGCAAACAGCAAGAGACUGUCGACGUCUCUGGCUUCUCCUUCUCGCUAAACCCAGACGUCUUCUCCGGCCAGCAACCACAAACAGAGGAGGAGAAGGCUGAGAUGGACAAAGACGAGGCUGAUGUCCGUGCCGUGUGCGCUUACCUCGCCGACGACGUGAUUCCUCGCCUCGUCCGCGACAUCCAAGAAGGCGAAGUCGGCUUCCCAAUGGACGGCCAGAAUCUGGUCCGCGACAUGCACAAGCGUGGUAUCAAUGCACGCUACCUUGGUGUGCUUGCCCAGAAGGCCAAAGAUCUACCUGCUGCGAGUGAGGAGCAGAAGGACGAUAAGAGGUUGCAGCUUUUGGUGCAGUUGGCGCAGCAGGAGAUGGUCGCGAGGGCUUUCAAGCAUGUUUGCGUCAAAUUUCUGCGAUCGUUGCCGGCGUGCUUUGCGCAGAAUUGCAUUGCUCAUUUGUUGAACUGCUUGCUUGGGGCUGAGUUGAAUGGAAGCCCGAAGCCGGAGAUUGAUGAGGCGAUGAAGGCGAUGUAUAACGAGGCGGAUUUUGAAUUUCUGGAUGUGACGCCCGAGAAGCUGGCGGCGGAGAUACAGAGACAGGUGGCGUUGAGGUUCAGGUAUGAAGUUGGGAAGGAGAUCGUGCCGGCUGGGAAGCAUCUACAGAUGUUGCGGGAGGUGUGCUUGAAACUUGGUUUCCAGCUCGAAGCCAAGGAUUACCAGUUCGGUAAGGAUGCCGUGCCAUCGCAGCCACUGCAGCAGAAGGCGUCCGCCGAAUCCCUCGAGGUGCCGCAGACGAACGGCGUGCACCCUCCCACUGAAGGAGGUAACAAGAAGAAGAAGAAGAAGCUGCAGGCCGAGCACUCUCCCAAUCGUGCAGCUUCUGCCUCUCCGACAGCACCAACUACCACCUUCCAGCCGGAGAAUAUCCUCAACGUCGUGCCGAUAGUCAAAGAGGCUUCGCCGCGCAGUAUGUUAGCCGAAGAAGCGCUCGACGCUGGCAGGAUGAGCAUCCAACAGGACCAGAAAGAACUAGGGCAGGAACUACUCCUGGAGAGUUUGAGCUUGCAUGAGCAGAUCUAUGGGAUUUUGCACCCAGAGGUCGCAAGGGUGUACUACGCGCUUUCGACGCUAUACUACGGACUAGAAGAGAAGAACGCCGCUGUGGAACUGGCGAAGAAAGCCGUCAUAGUCUCCGAGAGGACAUUGGGAGUGGAUAAUGCGGAGACGAUACUGGCGUAUCUGAACUUAAGUCUAAUGGAGCACGCAACAGGCAACACCAAGAACGCCCUCGCAUUAGUACGACAUGCGCUGGAUUUGUGGAAACUCGUCUAUGGACCCCACCACCCGGACUCGAUAACAACCCUAAACAACGCAGCAGUAAUGCUGCAGACGCUGAAACAAUUCCCCGAAAGCCGGAAGUGGUUCCAAUCUUCCCUCGAAAUCUGCACAGACGUCGCGGGCAAGAACAGCGUCAACACCGCUACCCUACUCUUCCAGUACGCGCAAGCGCUUGCCCUGGAUCACGAUCCCCGGCAGGCGGUGGAGAGGAUGCGGGAGAGUUAUUUGGUCUUCCGGGAUUUGUUGGGCGCGGAGAACCAGAAUACCAAGGAAGCUGGGGCUUGGCUUGAUACGCUGGCUCGAUCGGCGGUGAAUCAGGAGAAGGCUGCUAAGGAGGCUUCGAACCUUUUGAAUUCCGGGACGGGGAGGCAGAGGAUGCUGUUACGUGGAGCUGGUGGGAGUACCGGAGGACGGCUCGGGGUGGGCUCCACGACGGGGAAGAAUGGAGUUCAUGGUUCUGCUUCUGGACAGAGUGCUGAGGCGCAGGUUCAGGCGCAUGCGAGAGCGACGUCUUCGGGCGGGUUGGAUCAGAGGUCUUUGGAUGAGUUGGUGAAAUAUGUUAAUGGGAGUGCGGAGCAGCAGGGGCGGACGACGCCGAAGAAGAAGGUCGUGGGGAAUCCCAAGAGGAGGCAGCAGAGGGCUGAGUAA